CAUUCAGUAGAUUAUACCUUCUGUCAAUGCCACAGUCAUAUGACAAGUGGGUGAGGUGAAAACAGUAAAGUUUCCAACAAGAAAUUAUCAAAAUGAAGGGCUGUCUGUUCAAUAUCGAUGGUGGUUAUUUGGAGGGUCUCUGCAGGGGUUUCAAAUGCGGCAUUUUGAAACAAGCAGACUACUUGAACUUGGUCCAAUGUGAAACUUUAGAAGAUCUUAAGUUGCAUUUGCAAGGCACUGAUUAUGGUGCAUUCUUAGCAAAUGAACCAUCACCACUUGCUGUAUCAACUAUUGAUGAUAAGCUUCGUGAGAAGCUUGUCAUUGAGUUCCAGCAUCUCAGGAACCAUGCAGUUGAGCCACUCUCAACAUUCUUGGACUUCAUUACGUACAGUUACAUGAUUGAUAACAUCAUUUUAUUGAUCACUGGCACAUUGCACCAGAGGCCAAUUUCUGAGCUGAUCCCAAAGUGUCAUCCACUUGGAAGUUUUGAGCAAAUGGAAGCUAUCCAUGUUGCUGCUACACCAGCUGAGCUGUACAAUGCUGUACUUGUGGACACACCAUUGGCUCCAUUCUUUGUUGAUUGCAUCAGCGAACAGGAUUUGGAUGAGAUGAAUAUUGAAAUUAUUCGUAAUACUCUUUACAAGGCAUAUUUGGAGGCUUUCUUUUCUUUCUGCAAAGAUAUUGGAGGCACAACAGCUGAUUGCAUGUGCGAAAUUUUAGCUUUCGAAGCUGAUCGUCGUGCUAUUAUCAUCACUAUCAACUCAUUCGGCACAGAAUUGAGCAAGGAUGAUCGUGCCAAGUUGUAUCCAAGAUGCGGUAAAUUGAACCCCGAUGGAUUGGCUGCUUUGGCGAGGGCUGAGGACUACGAUCAAGUCAAAGCUGUUGCAGAAUAUUACGCAGAGUAUUCUAAACUUUUCGAAGGCGCUGGUAACAAUCCCGGGGAUAAAACUCUCGAGGACAAGUUCUUCGAACACGAGGUUCGCUUGAAUGUUAAUGCAUUCCUUCAACAAUUCCACUUUGGAGUAUUCUACUCCUAUUUGAAGCUUAAGGAACAAGAAUGUCGUAACAUCGUCUGGAUUUCUGAGUGUGUCGCUCAGAAACACAGGACCAAGAUUGAUAACUACAUUCCUAUAUUUUAAAUGGCAUUUUUAAAUUCAUAAUAUAUUUAGUAUUGACCGUCUUUCUUUUGUCGAAGUAUCAUCGUUAAAUAAGGUGAUACUUUUAACUCUUAAAUGAUAAAGGCAUCAAACACUCACCGAUUAUACGAAAUAGGUAAUAAAUAUCUGUUAUAUUCAUUCAGAAUCAGUUUAUAACAAAUUUGUGUGGCUUGUAUAUUCCAUAAUGUAUUAAGUUGUAAAUUGUUAUUAUUCAAUGUAUUUAGUUUAUAGCGACUGUUGUAAAAAAAUAUGAAUUUUAUUUGUAUAUUAGUUAAAAUGAAAUGAACCAUUAAGUAUGCAAUGUGGUAUAUAUAUGUAAUAAAGAUUUAGUGUGUUA